CGGAUCUAAUGUUUGCUAGCUCCAUGAACUGGGUCAACUUGUAUCUCUAACCUCAGUUUCUUCAUCUGUAGAAUAGAUAUAGUAAUUGUACUUCUCUUAGGGUAUUGUAAGAACUAAUACUAUAAGGUAAUUCAAGUGUUUAGUAGAGUUCUUGGCACAUGGGAAAGUCUUUAUAAGUUAUUAUUACUACUGACCAAAGGACAGAAGGGGUGAGACCAUAGGUUGCUGGUCCAACAUCCGUCACUGAAGUUGUUACUGAUGUAGUGGACACUUAAUUCUGCAUGUGUGUCUUGACACUGAUUUUCUGUUUUCACUUCAGUAGGUAAGUGGUACUCACAUUCAACUUCAGCUCAAUAGAUUGGCUUGGUUUUUCUGUCCCACAGUCUGGAAAGAAAUAUGUUGCAAAAGCUAUAAACUGUUGCAACCCUUUUCACUUUGGGAACUACACCUCAAAGAAAUAAUCCUAAAUCACUUUUUAACUAAAUUGUUAAAAAAAAGAAGAAGAAAAAGAAAAAGCCAGACAGUAAGUGAUAAGAGAAUAGCUAAGUAAUCUGCAGCAUGUCAGUGAUUAAAUAUUACCUAACCAUUUUAAAUGACCAGUAUAUGGGAAUUAAAAACAUAUAAAUAGAAUAACAUUAGUUGAAAAAGAAUAGUCCAAAAUAUCAAUUGAUUACAGGUUUGUUAAUGCAUCUAUGUUCAUUAACAGAGAGUGAGAAGAUUUGGAAGGGAAGUUUUUUUUUCUCUAAGAUUGCUUCAGUCUAUAGAAUAUUUUAAUAGUGAGUAAAAAAUACAGUGUUCUGUAAACUGCUUCUGGGCAAGGCAAAUGGAAUUAGAAUAAUUAUAGGGAUCCACCUAAGGUAGUCCCUUGACCAGAACGGUGGAAGAAACGAGUAAACCCAAAGCAGUUAAGUUCUUAUAUCAGAAUGAUUGUGAUGUAAAUCUGGAACACUUUACCCAGAGACAUUCCACCUGCCUGGCAACAUCUUUUUACAAGAAACUAAGACUGUCUUCUCCUAUCAUCAGCCCACCCACCUCUCCAACAAGACAAAACCCUGUGAAUUACCUACAGGCGGGACUUCACAGGCUAGAGAAACACAGAUUGAAUAGGAAUUACAUCUUUCUGAAAAAUCUACUCACUCUGCCCUACCCAGACAUCAGUUCUACCCAUUUUCAGAAGCUUAGCCAAAUGAAGUAAGUGUGACGCUCACCUCCUGAGCAAAGCUCUGAUCACCCUGACCCUGUUUCCCCACUUUAAAUUCUUACGUAGGCUUUGUCGCCUGCACCAGUGCCUGGCAAGCUCAUUCUCGGGGCCGAGGGGACAGAAGGACGGGUCUCUUUGUGGGAUACCUUGAAACAGUGACAGAUUUAAUUCAUUCUAAUCAACCAGGAAUGGUUUCACAAGUAGGAAAUACUGUUUCAAUCUGUUUAUUACGAUACAAAAAUCUCAUAGUAGAAAAAACAAAAAAACUAAGGGUAAAAUGCCAUCUUCCAACCUUGAUGAAUAGUCUCUCGUAUGCAGCUUGCUCUUUCAAUUGAUCAUUCAAGAAAAGUUUAUGGCACUAAAAUAUAAAACCAAGAAAAAGGUUUAUCCGUUGCUUUAAUUUUUCCUGUGAGUUUAGCAGCAGAACGUGUUGGCAGGGUCACUGAUCGUAAUUCGCUGGAGGUGAUUUUGGAAUCGCUGGUCUGGCCCGUUCAUUUUGUCCUUAAUGUCAUUCUUCCUUGUGAUUUAUCUUUGUUUACUGGUAUUAUUUUCAACUCUUAGUUUAGUGAAAUAAAAAUUCUCUUUAUUUUGAAGGCUAAUCUCCCCACCAGAGCAGAGGAAUAUUUCUGCAUGUCCUUUCCCCCCCACCCCCUCUGCCAGCUUGGACACACGAGAGCAAAUGACUGAAGGAAGUCUGCAGAACAAUCCAAAACAGUAGUGGUAAAAAUCAAAGUCUUAUUUUAGUUUUGGAAACUUCUGCCAAAAAAAAAAAAAAAAUUGCUAAGCAAGACAUUUCUGAAGGGCAGAAAGAACUAUGGAUUUGAAGUGACAAGGUUUGGUUCUGGACUCAAUCCUGUCAUCAGCUAGCUUUGCCCUGCAUACUGGUAACUGAUAACCUCUCUAACUGAUAACCUCAUCCAUCGGCAAGCAGAUCAGAUGAACUGACUGAAGAUCCAGUUCUAACCUUCAGUGAUUCUAAGUCCUGCCCUUCCUAAGUCCCUGGCUUCACAUCUUGGUCACAAUACAUCCCAUUUCCUGCUUUCCUGAGAAGCAGCUAGGCCCCUGCCCACAGCACAGAGGCCCCAUUGCUCUCAUAGCCACUGGCCCUGACCUUGGCUAGUCACCUGGCCUCUCUGGGUCUUCUUUGGCCAGUCAGCCGUGAGGAGGGUGGAGGCGGCUGGCUGCUUCCUGCCUGUCUCACAGGGGUUGUAAAGGCCAGUACAAUUUUACAAAGGAUGAAUUCCUCCAAGGAAGAUCCUGCCUGAGUAAAAUAUUUCAAUACUUAUGCUAUAAUUAUUGCUGUAACAUUCAGGAAUCAUGAGAGAUGGGAAGAAAAGGAGCAGGUGUAAGUAUGCCUUGUGUUUAUGAUAGUGGAGUAGAAAGAGGCCUCCGAGGCCAUCUAGGGACCAACUUCAUUUAAGUGGUGACCUCCAGGCCAAAAGCCUAAUAGUGUGGCUGGAGUUGGAGCCUGGAUCUCCUGGCUUCCAGCCCAGGGUUCUCUCUACUACAUCAAAACAAAGGCCCUGGAACUAGCUCUUGGUUUUCAGAAUCCUUGAACAGGGUGGGUCUGACAACUGAGCGUGUAUGCAAGGUCUCCUCUGAUUCAGUGAAGAAAGAUUCCUCAGUAAAGUUACUCAGUGCAGGCAAGCCAUGAACACUGGUCAGGCAAAAACACCCAACGAUCGAAUGAUCCUCAAAAAUCCACUUUUCCCCAAUUCCCACUUCAUCAGAGGACUAGAGUCAGUUGGCUUGGAGACAACCUGGCAGCCCAUUGGUACCAGGGAGCACAGAGAAAGCCCAAAGGCUUGGCCCUCGUAGCCAGAGUCAGUCUGGCUUUCUUUCCAGAGUACAUGAGACUCAGCUCGGAGAUGGGGGGAGAGUGGAAUCUGCCAUCUUUGCCCCCAUCCUGUUCGUUAUCACGUUCAGCCCAGCUUCUCCAGCUUUGUGAUCUCUAGUUCAUCCCAUCAGGGGAUCUGUCAUCAUUUCAUUUAUUUAUUUGACUCAUAGUAAUUAAGCACUAACUAUACGUGGGGCUCUGUAGUAGGCAGGAGAAAGCCAGAGAGGACUUAGGAUUUCAGAGUGCUUGUAUGUGGGAGUUCAGGAUUCCUUCCUGUAAUUGUGUACAGAGUUUGGGGGCAUUUUUCUUGGGAGGGGGUCCUUUACGUUUAUCAAAUCUAUUACCCUGUGACAGUUAGGAACUGCCAUAGUGGGUGUGCACUAGACCUUUACCUCGUGCACCUGCUCUUCUGGUCAGCAUCCUCAUCCUGCCCAUUGAGUCGAGACCACAGGAGCUGACUGAGGGCGAAUAAGUGGGACGUGUCUCCCAGGGUGCUGGUAUUCUCUGUAGAACACCAGGAAGCUGGGCCUGGCUGCCCAAGUCCAGGCCCCACAUCUGUGGAUUCUGCCUCCAGCGUUGAUGUCCUCCUGCAUGUCCUGGCCUGGCACCUGUGGCCCUGGACCUCAGUGAGCCCUGGAGAGGCCACAGGGGGCGCAUGUGGACAGAUGCUGGGCCACCUGCUGGAUCUAGAAGACCCUUUCAUUCAGCCCUGCUGGUCCUUGUGUGGUUGUAUUCCCGCGAGGGGUCAGGUUCAAGAUACUGCUGUUUGCUCUCUCUCUCUUUUUUUAAAGAUUUAUUAAUUUAUUUAUUUAUUUUUGGCUGCGUUGGGUCUUCAUUUAUGUGUGUGGGCUUUCUCUAGUUGUGGCAAGCGGGGACUCCUUUUCGUUGUUGUGCUCGGGCUUCUCAGUGCAGUGGCUUCUCUUGUUGCAGAGCACGGGCUCUAGGCGCACACACUUCAGUAGCUGCGGCACACGGGCUCAGUAGUUGUGGCGCACAGGCUUAGUUGCUCCAUGGCAUGUGGGAUCUUCCCGGACCAGGGAUGGAACCCAUGUCCCCUGCAUUGGCAGGUGGAUUCUUAAGCACUGCGCCACCAGGGAAGUCUGCUGUUUGCUCUCUUGAAAGUCCUACCCUACCCACUGCCCUGAGGGACCCUGUGGCCUCUGAGAGGCUGUCUGGGGAAGACUUGGACUGUGUAGUUCUCUCACUGUUCAAGUGACACCUCACGUCCCCUCUGCUAGUUCCUUGGAAGUGGUUUUGCAGGAGGAUAGCCUGGUAAGUACCUCCCAUGAGAACCGUGGUAUGAGUUCAGCAUGCCGUAUGAUACAGAAAUUCAGAAGGUAAUCGCUGCUGGUUGGUGGGAUAGGAUGUCAAGCAACCCGUAGUCAGAACUGAGGCUUCAGGGACCGACACUGCAAGAGAGAAGACACGGUUCAAUGUGUAGACCUUCUCCCUCUCCGGCAUCUCCACCCUCCAAUUCCAGGACAUCACUAAUACAGGUGAAAACAAAAGCCUGUUUCAGCGGCCAUAACUCUGCCAGCAGCUCCUCAAAGCCAUUCAAAACGCCCAAAGACAAUCUACUUACCUCCAGCAGCAAACAGCACACAGUCUUUUCAGCGAAGGGAUCAAGGGACAAACCAUGUGUUCCGGUUCCCGUAGUCAGCUUAGAGAAAAUUCCUAACCUAGUGAAGGCAGAUGGUGCCAAUGUCAAAAUGAACUCUACAACCACUACUGCAGUCACCUCCUGCUCCACCUCAUCCUCUGCUGUCUCCACCCCACCUGUAAUUAAGCCGCUCUUGAUGUCCAAGUCAGUGCCACCUUCCCCAGAGAAGAUCUUAAACGGCAAAGGAAUUUUGUCCGCCACCAUAGACAAGAAACACCAAAAUGGCACCAAAAACAACAACAAGCCUUACAGGAGACUUUCAGAGAGAGAAUUUGACCCAAAUAAACACUGUGGAGUAUUGGAUCCCGAGACAAAGAAACCUUGCACAAGAUCCCUCACCUGCAAGACUCAUUCACUAAGCCAUCGGAGGGCAGUCCCAGGCCGGAAAAAGCAAUUUGACCUCCUUCUGGCGGAACACAAAGCCAAGUCCCGGGAAAAAGAAGUUAAAGAUAAGGAGUAUCUCCUGACUUCGGCAAGGGAAGUACUUCCAAACCCAACCGGGCCAGCGCAGGACUCGCUGCCGGGAUCUUCGGGGAGCUUGGGCCCAGAACCUAAAGUCGCGUCCCCUGCAAAGUCCAGGCCACUUAACUCUGUGCUUCCUAGACCAUCAUCUGCAAAUAGCAUAAGCAGCAGCACAUCUUCAAAUCACAGUGGCUACACUCCGGAACCCCCUCUACCCCCAGUUGGAGGUGACCUUGCCAGCCGACUGUCGAGUGAUGAAGGGGAGAUGGACGGAGCUGACGAAUCCGAGAAGUUAUUAGACUGUCAUUUCUCCACCCACCACCCCAGACCUCUUGCGUUUUGCUCAUUCGGGAGUCGCCUCAUGGGACGAGGGUAUUAUGUGUUUGAUAGAAGAUGGGACCGUUUUCGAUUCGCACUAAACUCCAUGGUAGAAAAACACUUGAACUCACAGAUGUGGAAGCACAGAAACCCGAGCCACAGGGCAUCAGGUCCCUCCCCCCUUUUCAGGACUUGCCUAACCAAUCUGCUGUCACUGAGCAACAUUGGGGCUGCCUGGGUGUCAACUCUGGAGAGCGUAGCACCCCGCUGCCCUCUCAGCCUCGCUGCCCAAACCCCAGGCCCCGACGGGCCCGAACCUGGAGGGAUGGCAGCCGAUGGGGGCGUGGAAGACGUUAGGAAGAAAAGGAACGGCCAAGACUCUUUUUUCUUUAACAAGCAUUUAACUCUGCAUCAGGAGACGCCAACACAGUAUUCUCUUUCAGCCAGGAAGAUCCCUCCUGCGGCAGAUAGCCCCAUGCCCUCGCCAGCAGCCCACAUCACCACCCCUGUUCCAGCAUCCGUUUUACAGCCUUUCAGCAACCCCAGUGCUGUGUAUCUUCCUUCAGCUCCCAUCAGCUCGAGACUCACCUCUUCUUACAUAAUGACAUCAGCCAUGCUCUCAAAUGCAGCUUUUGUGACAUCGCCGGACCCGAGCGCCCUCAUGUCACACACCACAGCUUUCCCUCAUGUGGCCGCAACCCUCAGCAUCAUGGACUCAACCUUCAAGGCCCCAUCCGCCGUGUCCCCGAUACCAGCCGUCAUCCCUUCCCCAUCCCACAAGCCAUCCAAAACCAAAACCAGCAAAUCCUCAAAAGUCAAAGACCUGUCCGCCCGUAGCGACGCGUCUCCAAGUAACAAAAAGAGGAAGCCUCAGUCUUCGACUUCCUCCUCCUCCUCCUCGAUACCCCUGCAGACACCCCUCUCGCCCCCACUAUCAGGGCCCCACAAAAAGAACUGUGUUUUGAAUGCCAGUUCAGCUUUGAACUCCUAUCAGGCGGCCCCUCCCUAUAACAGUCUGUCUGUGCACAACUCGAACAAUGGGGUGAGCCCACUCAGUGCCAAACUGGAGCCCUCAGGACGGACCUCGCUGCCCGGCGGCCCCGCGGACCUAGUGAGACACGUGGGCUCGGGGGGCGGCAGCAGUGACUCCUGUCCCCUCUCUGUGCCCUCCCUUGCAGGGGACCUCUCUCUGGCCUCACACAAUGCCGUGUCUUCUCUGCCCCUCUCUUUUGAAAAAUCAGAAGGAAAAAAGCGUAAGAACGCGAGUUCUAGUAGCAAAGCCUGUAAAAUCACUAAAAUGCCUGGAAUGAAUAGCGUUCACAGAAAGAACCCGCCCAGCCUUCUCCCACCGGUGCCCGAUCCUGUUAACAGCACCUCCUCUCGGCAGAUGGAAACACGAGUUCCACACCACGAGAGGAGAGCCAGCGAGGUUGGGAAAAAUAGCAGCCUAGCUUUGUCACAAUCCAGUCCUUCAAGCAUAUCCAGCCCAGGACACAGCCGACAGAAGACCACAAACAGAACGGGCAGGAUAAGGACUCUUCCGUAACAAGACUACGAAGCCACUUCCAAACCAAUGCCUGGCCACGGGACCUCACCCCAGGAGACCGAGGCCAGAGGAGGGAGGGGAGUGGGCAGUGGGGGAGAGUCUGUUUCCUGUGCCCUGCCUGUGGCUCUGACCUUUCUUCUUUUUUUAACUGACCAAUUUUUAGUUUUGAGGAAAAAGAAAAAGGCAAAAGAACGUGAAUUUGAGUUUUACAGAAAACAA